AAAAACAUAUAUCUUUCCAUUAUCUUGACUUUGCUUCACAUCACUCGAAGAUUCCUUCUAAACAGACAUAUUCAUCUAUCAACUUCAGUCACCACGAUAACCAAUCACCUUACAGCUUUACCAACCAUGGCUGACAGAGCCGACCUCGAGACUUUCUUCAAAAGUAAAGAAUAUGCUACCUCAUUCAAACGCGGGGAGAUGGUCACCCGCCCAUUCGCUGGAAUGCUGGUUGACCAGAGCAAGGUGGCCGCUGAGUCCAAGGCCAACCCUGAUCAGCCUCUAGUUGUCCUUGACAAUGCCUGCGGCACUGGUGUUAUCUCCAGCACUCUCAAUGACAAGCUUGAUGACACUGUCAAGAAGACGUGGAAGUUGACAUGUGGAGACAUAUCAUCAGCAAUGAUCGAGUACACUAUGCACCGCAUGCAGCAAGAGGGCUGGCAGAACGCGGAGACAAAGAUCGUGGAUGCGCAGAAGCCUGAGCUGGCUAGUGCUCAAUUCUCUCACAUUUUCACUGCUUUCGUCUAUAUGGCACUCCCUGAGUCUGUUAAGGCUCUCGAUGAAACUGUCCGGAUACUGCAACCCGGCGGAACUAUUGCUUUCUCAACCUGGAUCGAGCCCGGCUGGAUCCCCGUGGCCCGAGCAGCGAUUGAAAGGAUGCCAGACAAACUGUUUUUCCCCGAGACCUCAAAGCUUUUGGCGACCAUGACUGAUGGGCAAUGGUACUCGAAGCUUUGGAUCGAGUCCCAACUCCAGGAGCGUGGGUUCAAGGACAUCGAUGUCCGCCCAACAACAACAAAACUGACUCUCACGUCCUCUGUCUUCGUGGACAUGGCCAUGUUGGUGCUUCCCGUGAUGAUGAAGUCAUUUUGGACUGAGGAACAAAGGGAGGAAAACAAGGAUAAGGUUCGUCCGGCGAUAGAGAAGUAUUUGGAAGACACUUACGGGGAUGAGAACAUCGAGACCGACUGGGUGGCUAUUCUAUCCACUGCGCGCAAGUCUUGCUAG